CGCCCCGCCCCCGCCCUUAACCCCUCUCCCUUUGUUUUCCUACGGCGGCUACGUUGAAAAGGACUGGCCACCAAAUGCGCGUACCGCAAAUCCUGUUUCAUGUUGAUGUUCUGGAGCAAACGGACGGUGCUCACUAGACGUCUGCUGAAGGCCAAGGUCCGUGGGGAGCAUGAAACCGAGUGUGAAGCUCAAGAGGAUUCAUCGUCACGUACGUUUCAUCGCACGAGCAGCAGCAACACGAGCGGCGGCGCCGCCGCUGCCGGUUACGACAACAACAACACGGCCAGUAACAACACAGCGACGACGACGACGACGGGCCGACAAGUGAGCAGGGUGAGCGGAGCGGCGGAAGGUGGAGAAGCGGUGGUGUACGCGAGUCGCAACACGAGUCGGUUACAGCAGGGCUGCUGCGGCGGCGGCCACGUGAGCCAGGAUGACGACGAGCAACAGCAGCAACGGCAACGCGACUCUGGCCGUUUGUUGAGGUGCAAGGAGCUCCUCAAGACGCUUAAGGAGAAUCAACUGGAGAUGCUGCUCACCGCCGUCGAGAGCUCCGGCGCCGACCUCGGCUCGUGCGUCCUCGUGCCGCGUCAGAAGCGAUCAGCUGACGAUUAUCCCAUGUACGAUCAGCAGCACGAGCAAUACCACAGCAGACCGCAUCGUCAUCACGGUCGUCACUUCCAUCAGCAUCGCUAUCGUCGCUAUCGGCACCGCUCCAGCAGGCACCAUCGCUCAUCCUCGGUCGAGGACGAGCAGGAGAGUUACUGCUCCGCGUCGGAGGACUCGUUGUCCGCGUCACCGAUGAGAUUGGAUAGGUGUUGCGUCGGCGGGAAGGCGAGUAACGGCGACAGCGGCGUCGUCGUGCCAGUGAGAGGAUCGACCGAGGGAAGCAGCGGCGCGCCGAGCGAUCCGCAUCUUCUCUGCUGCCAGAUCUGGCGGUGGCCGGAUCUCGAGCACUCCUCGGAGCUCAAGAGACUACCUAUCUGUCAUUCCGCUAAAGAUCCCGUCUACAUAUGCUGCAACCCUUACCAUUGGAGCCGGCUCUGCAAACUCGAGUCGCCGCCACCCCCAUAUUGCCUUAUCGCCGACAGACUGAGACCCGAAGAUCGGGCGCCCAGCGAAGGGGAUCAACGACGGUGCAAAAACAGCACGCCCCUGCCACUUCCCGGCUCGCUUACCACCAACGGAGAAGGUGAGACGGGGCAAAGAGAAUGGUGCACCCUGGCGUACUGGGAAUUGGGUGGUCGAGUAGGUCGUCUGUAUCCCGUGGAGCCGUCGACGGUGAACGUCUUCGAUUCACUCCACGACGGCGACGGCCUCUGCCUGGCGACACUGACCGAAAAUCACAAUGCACCGCCCGCGGUCCAGCGUACACGCAGCAAAAUCGGCCUCGGACUAACGCUCAGCCAGGAAGCGGACGGUGUAUGGGCAUACAAUCGAUCAAAGAGUCCAAUCUUCGUGCACUCACCCACUUUGGACGAACCGGAAUCGAGGACUCUGUUGGUCUACCGGGUGUCGCCGGGUUUCUGUCUCAACAUCUUCGAUCGCGCCAAGAUCCUGCAGCUUCCAUACAACAGCGGUAGCAGCAGCGGCGGUCAGACCGCCGGAUUUGCUGCUUCUGGCCCCGUCGACAUUAAUUCCGUCCGCAUCAGCUUUGUCAAGGGCUGGGGACCCAAGUACUCGCGACAGGAAGUUACCUCUUGUCCAUGCUGGCUCGAGGUGCUCUUGGCGCCGUGUAGGUGAUCGUUCCCCAAGCUAGCCGGGCUGAAAGGAUAUCGUCAAGUCUCAUCCCUAACUCGCGUCUCUUCUUCCUCCUCGUUGUCGUCGUCGUUGUUGUUGUUGUUGUGCUCGGGGAGGAUCGCUGAUAAUGAUGUGACAGUGGCCUUUAGCUCCGUCCUAACGAGAGCUUGUGUUAAUAAUGACUAAAUAAAACGAAAAAAAUGUGCCGGGGGCGACGUGCCAGCGGCAUGUGCCGGGGUCGCCCCAACAACCCCAGCAGUCUUACCAAAGUACACACCGUAAAAGUAAUACGUCUAGAAACAACGUCGCGUUCCAUUUCGACAAUAGAACGAGAGAUAGAAACGAAGAUCGGAGAUCGCUUGCCGAGCGUGUUUAUUGAGCGGAGGAACUUACAUGACGAGUGGUACAUAGGAUCAUUUUUAUAAAGAAUGCGUUUGAUUCGAUUUUAGUUUCUUUUAUCCUCUCGAUUGUUUAGGUCCAUUGAUAUUAUUCUUGAGACUCAUGUGAGAAUUUUCGACAAGGGAAAUGGAGAGUCGGGCUUCCGGUAGAUCUAGUCACUUGCGUUUAUGGUCUGCAUGCGCCGACUCGCGAAAUCGCGCGCGUAGAUUCUGUAUUCGUGGCAGGGAAAAUUCUCAGUUUUAUAAAGAUGAAACAUGAAGCAAAGAAUAAUAUCGAUGAAACAAAGAGGUAUGUAAAUAAAAUGUAUUUUACGAUUGCUCCGUUUUUUUUUUUUUUUUUUUUCCAGUGAUUAUUCAAAAAUAAAUUUUUUGUAUAGUAGCUUUUAUUUUAUCAAACAUUUGAUAAAAUUUAUUAAAAUAAUGCAAUAUAUAUAUAACAUGUAAAGUAAUUAAAUAUUUAGUUGCUUCUAAAUAAUUUUUUAUAAAUUAUUAGGAGAAAAUUAUUCUCUUUUUAUUGUAAAUUUAAGUUUCGCAAACUCGUUAUAUCUCCUAGAACUUAUAUUACUGAAAACAAAAAUAAAUUAAUAUAUUUGUUAUUUAUUUGUAUAAUUAUGAGACUAAUAACUAAAACUAUAAAAAGUGAUUAUGCGUUUAACAUGCAUUUAAAUUAGUUCUUAUAAAAAUUAAAUCUUUUC